AUGUCUUGGUUGUGGGAUUGGGUGUCCGGCAUGCUUAAUUAUCUCGGUCUGACUAAGAAAAACGGUAAACUAGUUUUCUUGGGGCUGGAUAACGCUGGCAAGACGACACUUCUUCAUAUGUUGAAAGAUGAUCGUAUGGCCCAACAUGUUCCGACACUUCAUCCUACUUCUGAAGAGCUUUCACUGGGUGGUAUUCGCUUCACAACAUUUGAUCUUGGUGGACACGAACAAGCACGACGUGUUUGGAAGGAUUAUUUUCCAGCUGUAGACGCUAUUGUAUUUUUAGUGGAUUGUGCUGAUGUUGAGCGGAUUGCGGAAAGUAGGCGUGAGCUCGAAAGUUUGUUGGGCGAUGAGCAAGUGGCUUCUUGUCCACUACUUAUUCUCGGAAAUAAGAUUGAUAAGCCAAAUGCAUUAGGAGAAGAUCAACUGAAGUGGCAUUUGGGAGUAUCAAACAUGACCACUGGAAAAGGACAAAUUUCGAGGAUGGAUAUAUCGUCGAGACCAAUGGAAGUUUUUAUGUGCUCGGUUUUAAGGCGCCAAGGAUACGGGGAAGGUUUCAGAUGGUUGUCGCAAUAUUUAGAUUAG